GGUCACGACUUUGCCCGAAACGUGUCCAUUGUUCUUUCUUCUUUGUGUUUUUUGCUCUCUAAGAACGAAUUGGCUUGCGUUCAAAUAGGAAAAGUCAUUCAACCCAGAGUCGCCCGACUCACACAGCAUGACCGCGGUGCGUCCUUGCGAUGGCCUUUUUCAAAUUUCGCAGUGUUGCAGGGGAUGAGCCGAUCACACACAACAAAAGCCAACGCCGAGCAUCCUGGCGGCCUGUGUGCCUCAUCUGGAAGAGCGCCUGCCGUCUCCUUCGAGCGAAGACGUGUUUCCAUUUGCAGCACCAUCGAAUGUAUUUUCGACCAAUGCAACUCCCAUGUGGGGAGUCAUGUCCGUCUAGAAGCUCCGCAAGUAGGAACCAAUACCAUUCCAGCGAAUCGCGACGGCACAGCAGCUGGCAAAAAGAUGUACACGUUGCGGCGAGUUUCGAUACAUAUUGCGGCAAGUGGCCGUACAUCCUACGGCGCGUCUGGCGUCUUGGAUACCUACCGUGUGUUCAAGAUCAACACGCUAACAACUAGUCGCCUUUGGCUGCGCGUACAACAUCCAGACCGAAAUCGUCCCAUCCUGCUAGAGACAUGCUCAGCAUUGUUUGUCUUCAGUACAGGCCCUCCGCUAAUUGAUUUCAGACACCAAGCCAACCGGUACUAAGCUACAGGAAACAUCCAGGCGUUCAUCGAUCCAUCUUGUCGUCUCACCACUGCAGCACGUCCAACAAAAUACGGAUCUGCUGCUGUGUAACGAAGUACCCAACUGUUCCUGCAGGACACCGCAUAUUCUCAUGCAAGAUGGUUGGGUCCCCGUUCUGGGAAUACGGCUCGCGUAACUUAUUGAAACUGCCUGUCUGCGCCACUGGUUCCUCCAGGAUAUGUGCAACUCC